AUGCUGAAACUAAAUCACCAACAACUGAUUGAAGUUCAUGAACAAGAGUGUGAACGACGACAAUAUCGUGAUACUGUUAUUGGUGGUACCUAUCGUGGAAUUAAACGACAAUUGAAUAGAAAUGAAGAAGAUGCAAUAGGAAACCACUUUAAUAUUAAUACUUUAAGACAAGUGCAAUCAAAUGAUAGACAUUAUCAAGAACCAUCUGUAAGAUACCUUUUAUCAGAAUUCAUAGAGGCUUAAAAUGAUUUAUUAUUUUUAUAGACAAUGAGUUUAGCGCCGCAACGUAUUUGAUCGAAAGGAGCAGGCAUUGAAAAGAAACCUGAUGAAGAUCGUUCAUUUGCCGGACGAGAAGAAAAUGAAUUAAAGAAUCUUCUGA